AUUUCAAGUCUACCACCGUCCACUGAAGCACGUUUCCACCGUCUCUGGAGCUGGUACAAGUUGAUAAUUAACCAGAUGGUGAUACUCGAUGUGUUAAUAAUCGGGGGUGGCCCUCAUGCCUUGACCCUUGCUAGCUUGCUGUCCAACGCUGACCCUGAUCCAACCGCUGACCCCAGACAUAACUCACGCCUCCCCUCUUCCUCCUCGGAUGCUCCGAGGCUUCAGCCAAACCCAGAAACACCCAAAAACAACAAACGCUGCAGUGGCAAGAAGAAGAGGAAAGCGACAGCUGUCACUGCAGGCCUGACGCUGGAGGAGCGACUAGCAAAGUCAGCGAUAUCAGAGAGGGUCGAAUGCCCCCCAAUGAGUCUUCGAGUGGUAGAUUCCUACGGAGAGUGGACGGCUCUGUGGGAGAGCCAGUUCACAGCUCUGAACAUCCCCCAUCUACGCUCACACACACUGGUGCACACAGACCCUCUCAAUAAGAAAGCGCUACAGGAGUUUGUUUUAAAGUCUGAUCGUUCAGCGGAGCUUCACAGUCUUCCAGAUCAGGUUUUUAUUCUGGACGAUAACGCUUAUUUCAACGACAUGAGGCUUGGAAGGAAGGAGAGGAAACGUCUCAAUAUCAACUCAACGCUCAAGAAGAGUUUAUCCUUCAGUCUGCCAGGAACCAAACUAAGUGUGGAUUUCUUUAAAGAUCAGGUGGAGAGAUACAACUUGGACAAAGUGCUGCUGAAGGGAACAGUGGAGCGCAUCACUCCUGCCAUGAGAGAGGCUGACAAAAAGAGAGUAAAAUAUUUUCAAGUCAAACUUCAAGAAGGCCUCAUCCUAAAAGCCCGCCAGGUUGUUAUGGCGACAGGUCCAACCCGUGCCCAGAUGGCAAACAUCCCGUCAUGGGUGAAAAGCAUUGGAGAGAGCUACCCAGAGGAGCGCUUGCAACACACAGUGCAUCUCAUGCACCACCUGCAAAGUGCUCGGCAAAAACUUAAAGACGCAGAUUAACUGUGUGUAGUGUGUGAGGCAGGGCAGAGAGUUUUGGUAGUUGGUGGAGGUCUGACCAGCGCUCAUGUCGUCUCAAUUGCCCUGCAGCAAGGCGCCAGCCAUGUGACAUGGGUCAUGAGGAAGCACCUUCAGUUAAAGCAGUUUGAUGUGGGCGACGUGGAGAGCUUGGUGGGCCGUUACUCCCAUGUGGAGCACGGCAUCAAGAUGGAUGGCCAAGCCUACUUGCGGCAGUUCUAUAAUGAACGGAGUCUUCACAAACGGCUGGCUAUGAUUCGCCAGGCAAGGAAAGGAGGGGCUGUCACCCCAGAGGCCUACAGCCACCUACAGCCAUCCAUCCUGAGUGGACAGGUGGAUGUGAAGACGUACUGUCAGGUGAGUGAAGCCAGCUGGUGCUACAGGAGCCAGGCCUGGCGUCUCUCCCUCAGCACUGGGGACCACUGGACCGGAGACAUGAUCUGGCUUGCCACCGGCUGCAAACUCGACGUCACACAGGACCCGUUGCUUUCUGAGGUGAUGAAAGAAUUCCCCAUUCAGGUGUUAGACGGCUGGCCGUGCAUAUCAGAGAGCUUACAGUGGGCAGAACACUGCCCGCUCUACCUGAUGGGGCAGUACACUGCUUUACGGGUUGGACCUCAUGCAGUAAACCUGGCCGGCGGACAGGCUGCCAGCGCACGCAUCGCCAAAGACAUUAUGCGCCGUCAACAAAAGGACAACACAGAGGCUUCUGAACUGAGUGCGGAGAAAUCUAAAACUGAAGAAUAUAUUCAACAGAUGCAAGGCCUGUUGUGGCUCUAA